AUGGAAUUUGGUGACCACAGCGAUCGACCGCUGAAAAAGAGGCGCUUUUUUGUCGAUGAAAAUCCUGCAGCGCCGGGCGCGUCCGACCAUCCAUCUCCUGGAGUCGACGUGAUAUCCCCACCAGAGGACUUACAGGAAGGGGGGAUACUGCAAGAAGGAGACGAGUUAUUGCAGGAGUCUACAACAGAUGCCGCUGCCCCGAGUCCGCCACCGACCGGGACGCAUUCAAACACCCCGGAUGAACCCCCACACCCAGCCCCGGAAGACGGGUUCGACACGGCGACCUUCACAGCCAUUGUCGGCGAAGAGUUGCCCCCACACUCGAUUCGGAAAAUUCGCACCGCUGCCGCUGAUGAUCUUGAGCGUGCGGUGAACAUAUACUUCGACGGGUCGUGGAAGACCCCUGUCAACAGCACCGGUGCCGUUAACCAGACGACCUUAACAUCAUCUCGAGAUCGACUCCUUUCCACCCAGUCCCCACCCGUUGUCCGAAGCCCUACGCCAAGAGGCCACGCAAACACACCGACAGCACCCCGCAAUGCUAUGCCGACCGGCCCGAGGUAUAUUGGUGCGUUUGGCGUGGGCGCAUGGGCGACUCGUAGCGGUACGGGGCUGGUUCAGCAUGGCGAACACGUCAACAUUGAACGGGCCAAGACGCAGCCGAUUGCCCGAAAGGGUCGCGCGGGGAGGGUCAUCAUGACGCAAAAGGCGGACGUCCUAACACGGUUCACCAACCGCGCCGGCCAGGAGAUCGGGCGGCUGCCUCGUGAGACGGCCGAGUGGGUCUCCACACUGAUUGAUCAACGCAUCUGCCGAUUAGACGGGGUGUGCGUGUUUGCGCCUGAUCGGAUUCGUGUUAAUGACACUAUUUACUUGCAGCUGCGCUGCUAUCUUCGUGUUGGGGAAAUUCAAUCGCGGGGGGUUGAUGACAUGGCCGACGACAAUCGCUCCACUGCGCUUUUCGAAGAACAGGAGAGUACCGAGGAGAAGAAUUUGCGGCUGCGACAGGUGGCUCUAGUCAAACUGUUUGAUGAGAUUGGUCUGACACCGACUUCCACCAAUGACAUGACAAGAGAGCACAAAAAGGAGGGUUUGCUGCGCGCCGCGGAGAUGUCUGAGCAGUAUGAUAGGGCCAAGAAAGAGAGUAAAGGCCACGAUGACUCGGAGGAGGAGGAGCCUGCCGAGCUGGAGGAAGACCAGCUUGAUACACUCUACAAAAAGGCGCAGUCGUUUGACUUUAACAUGCCCGAGACGGAGCCUCCGCCGUCUUUUAAUAUGAGUCUUCGUACAUACCAGAAGCAGGCACUGCACUGGAUGUUGUCAAAGGAGCAGGACACCAAGACCGAAAGGUCGACAUCCAUGCAUCCUCUCUGGGAGCAGUAUACCUUCCCUACAAAGGAUGUCGAUGACAAAGACCUGCCGGUCUACCCUGGGUUCGAGCAUUUCUACGUUAACCCCUAUUCUGGCGAUCUCUCCGUCGAGUUUCCCGCGCAAGAUCAGCAAUGCCUUGGCGGGAUUUUGGCCGACGAGAUGGGCUUGGGCAAGACCAUUGAGAUGAUGAGUCUUGUACACGCCCAUAGAAACAUUCCACCGGGCCAGGCUGCCAAUGUGUCGGGCUCUGGUACACCGACCAGGCUGCCUGGCCCGUCCAGCGUGGCUUGUGCCCCAUACACUACGCUGGUCAUCGCGCCGACCUCCCUGCUUUCGCAAUGGGAAAGUGAGGCCAUCAAAGCCUCCAAGCCAGGGACCAUGAAGGUACUGGUGUACUACGGGACCGACAAGAGCGUCAACCUGAAGGGGCUCUGCUCUGCUGGCAACGCAGCUGCACCCAACGUGAUUGUUACAAGCUAUGGCACGGUUCUCUCCGAGUACCGUCAGGCGCCAGCCAGCCAAGGUCUAUUCUCAGUAAACUUCUUUCGAAUCAUCUUGGAUGAGGCCCACGGCAUUAAAAACCGCCGGUCCAAGACUGCACGGGCCUGCUAUGAGCUGCAAGCACAACACCGGUGGGCCCUGACGGGUACACCCAUUGUAAACCGUCUGGAGGAUCUGUUCAGUCUGGUGCGAUUCCUCAAGGUCGAGCCGUGGAAUAACUUCUCUUUCUGGAAGACGUUUAUCACGGUACCGUUUGAGUCCAAGGACUAUGUGCGUGCCCUCAACGUGGUGCAGACGGUCCUAGAGCCGUUGGUACUCCGCCGCACCAAGACGAUGAAGACGCCGGACGGGGAGCCCUUGGUGCCGCUCCCGCGGCGGACGAUCACCAUUGAAGAUGUUGGGUUGCCAGAGCAGGAACGGGAAAUAUACGAUCUGAUCUUCACCCGAGCCAAACAAACCUUCAAUGCCAACGUGGAGGCCGGUACCUUACUCAAGUCUUACUCGACCAUCUUCGCUCAAAUCCUUCGCCUGCGCCAGACGUGCUGUCACCCCAUUCUGACACGCAACAAGUCAAUCGUUGCCGAUGAGGAGGACGCCGCAGCAGCGGUCGAGGAUCCCAAGGGAUUAACAGAUGACAUGGAUCUCCAGGAGCUAAUUAACCGGUUCACUGCGACAACGCAGACCGCAAAUCCGGAAACCCAGCCCGACUCGUCCAUCAAAUUUACCACCCACGCGCUGAGACAGAUACAGAACGAAUCCAGCGGCGAGUGUCCCAUCUGCUCAGAAGAACCCAUGAUCGACCCCGCCGUAACGGCCUGCUGGCACAGCGCCUGCAAGAAAUGCCUCGAGGACUACAUCCGCCACCAAACGGACAAGGGCGAAGCUCCGCGCUGCUUCUCCUGCCGAGGGCCAAUUAGCUCUCGGGAUAUUUUCGAGGUCGUGCGACAUCAGUCCCCAGGUUCGACCACGCCCGCCGACAGCGAUACCCACGCCUCCACCCCGCCGACCAGCUCCCAGGCCGCCCCGCGGAUUUCCCUCCGACGCAUUAACCCGCUAUCACCGUCGGCGCACACCUCAGCCAAGAUCCACUCGCUCAUCAACCAUCUUCACCGCGUCCCGCCCGACCAGAAGUCCGUCGUCUUCUCUCAGUUCACCAGCUUCCUUGACCUCAUUUCCCCGCAGCUUGACCGGGCCGGGAUUCCGCACGUGCGCCUAGACGGCACAAUGCCGCAAAAGGCGCGCGCGGCAGUCCUAGCAGAGUUCACCAAGACGGAGACAUUCACACGAGAUGAGCUCGACGAGAUCGAAGAAGAAGACGACACCGACACGCCAGGCCGGGAAACCACAAGAAAACCACCCCCUCGCCAUCUCAAACCCUCCACCCCGCGCGUCCUCUUAAUUAGUCUGCGGGCAGGGGGCGUCGGCCUGAACCUGACGGCCGCAAACCACGUGUUCAUGAUGGACCCGUGGUGGAGUUUUGCCGUCGAGGCACAGGCCAUUGACCGGGUGCAUCGCAUGGGCCAGCUGCGGGACGUGUCGGUGACGCGGUUUAUCGUGCGGGACUCGAUCGAGGAAAGAAUGCUGCGGGUGCAGGACCGCAAGAUGAACAUUGCGGGGAGUUUGGGACUGCGGGUUGGUGGGGAUGGGGGGGAUGAUGAGAAACGCCAGGACCGUAUUGAGGAGUUGAGGUUGUUAUUUGACUGA